AAUCGAGAUGUGUGAUUUUCUAUGAAAAAUACGGAAAUCCAAUAUGUUGAUAUAAAAUUUUUCUGUUAUUGCGGAAUUGUUUUUUAUUCUUGGUGUAAAAUUUUUGAAAUUUAUUAGUAUUCAUUGAAAUUUUCAAUGAUAAACCGUUUUAUAUAUUGAGUUUACAAGAAUUAGAAAAAAAACAUUCCUGAAAAUGGACCAUGAUCCAGAAGUAACAUUUUUGUUUCAAUUUGGUUUAAUUAGAGAUGCUGUAAUCGCUCCACAAUCUUCCUUGAAUUUGAAAACUCUUAAAGAUCUAGCAUGCGAUUUCGUCAACUCUAAGGUACCAGAUCAUGGCAUUAACAGAAUAGAGGAUAGAAUUUUACUUUUUAGGCAUGAAUAUAACACAAAUAAUAUUCUUCAAUUUGUUAAUUCUGCCUCAGAUGUUGUAGAUGAGAGUCUCAUUGAGAUUGUUCUAACAGGAAAAGUACCAAUAUUGAAUUCUAACUCUGAUUCUGUGAAAGUAAGACCACAUGCACUCUCUGUACAUUCAUAUAAAACUCCGACAUUUUGUGAUUUCUGUGGCGAAAUGUUGUUUGGUCUAGUACGUCAAGGUUUGAAAUGUGAUGGUUGUGGUCAAAAUUAUCACAAAAGAUGUGUAGUCAAAGUACCAAACAAUUGCUCAUAUGUUUUAUUUGAUGACAAAAGAAAGAGGUCCACUACUCUGCAGGUUCCAUUAGCUUCUUCAGGAGGUUCAAAUUCAUCUCUAGCAUCUGCAAAUUCCACUCAGAAUGAAGAAAGUAGUUUGAUACAUCAUAGUAGAUCUCCUUCUGUUGGAAGUGGUACAGUAUGGCUUGAACGAGAUGUUCAACAUCAAGUUAAAAUUCCUCAUACUUUUGUACUACAUACGUAUACGAGACCUACAGUGUGUCAGUACUGUAAAAAGCUAUUGAAAGGUCUGUUUAAACAGGGAUUACAAUGUAAAGACUGUAACUAUAAUGCUCAUAAGAAAUGUUUAGAUAAAGUACCCAAAGAUUGUAUAGGAGAAUUGUCGAGAGAGAAUACAGGUAAUUUCGAUUAUGCAGAAAGUUCUGCCAGUAAUGAAAGUCAUUGUAACUCUACGAUUACUGAAGAUGAAUUUGACUCGGUUAUUACCAGUUAUAAUAGAGAAAAUGGGGCCAGCAGUGUAGAUACAAUUCCUGUUAGGGACAGUGAUUCAGAUACUCCCACACUAAGUACAACUUCUUCCUCACCCAGUGCCAAUAUUCCAUUACAACGAAUUGUACAGUCUGUCAAACAUACCAAAAGAAGAGGGUCCAAAGUGAUAAAAGAGGGAUGGCUGGUCCAUUUCACCAACAAAGACAGAAUGGUUAGAAGACAUUUUUGGAGGUUAGACACCAAGUCAAUAGUGUUAUUUCAAUCUGAACAAGGAGGUAAAUACUACAAAGAAAUACUUCUCGGCGACAUUUUAGCUAUAGAAACAGCAAGAAUAAAAAAUGGAGAGGUCAUGCACUGCUUUGAAAUAAGGACCGCAAAUAUCGAUUAUUUUGUUGGUCAAGAUCCUCUUUAUGAGAUACCCGAUGUGAAUAAAAUUAAUCUACCUCCUUCGGAUAGUGGAAUUGGGGCAUAUUUAGCCAAGAGUUGGGAAACCACAAUUCGACAAGCCUUAUUACCUGUUACUUCAAAUGCUAAAUCUGAGAGAAGUGUCGAAGAUGAGAAACAGAUCACUGAUAUGAAUCAAAUCUAUCAGAUAUAUCCGGAUGAAGUACUAGGAUCUGGGCAGUUUGGUGUAGUAUAUGGAGGAGUUCAUAGAAAAACAACUAGAUCUGUAGCUAUUAAGGUAAUAGACAAAUUGAGGUUUCCUACCAAGCAAGAGGCUCAAUUGAAAAAUGAAGUAUCGAUCUUACAAAACUUAUCACAUCCAGGAGUUGUGAAUUUAGAAAGGAUGUUUGAGACUCCGGAAAGAAUAUUUGUGGUAAUGGAGAAAUUAAAAGGUGAUAUGUUAGAAAUGAUUCUAUCACAUGAAAAUGGAAGGUUAACUGAAAGAGUUACGAAAUUUUUGAUUACACAGAUUCUCAUAGCUCUAAAGCAUUUACAUAGUAAAAAUAUAGUGCAUUGCGAUUUGAAACCAGAAAAUGUGCUUCUUAGCUCUAAUGCCGAGUUUCCACAAGUGAAGUUGUGCGAUUUUGGAUUUGCUAGAAUCAUAGGUGAAAAAUCAUUUCGUAGAUCUGUUGUAGGAACUCCAGCUUAUCUCGCUCCUGAAGUUCUUAGAAAUAAGGGUUAUAAUAGAUCUUUAGAUAUGUGGAGUGUAGGUGUUAUUGUCUAUGUAAGUUUGAGCGGAACCUUUCCAUUCAAUGAAGACGAAGAUAUUAAUGAACAGAUCCAAAAUGCGGCUUUCAUGUAUCCACCAACUCCUUGGAAAGAAAUAUCUUCAGAUGCAAUUGAUCUGAUAAAUAACUUACUACAAGUGAAACAACGAAAAAGAUACACAGUUGACAAAUCUUUACAACAUAUUUGGCUGCAAGACUAUCAAACUUGGUGCGAUUUGAGAGCCUUGGAAAACCAAAUUGGUGUCCGCUAUAUCACACAUGAAUCGGAUGAUGCGAGAUGGGAAAGAUACAGGUCAGAUCUUCUUUGACCAGAAAAAGGAUGGUUAUACAACAUGAAAAAGUGCCUCAAAGGUUUGAAGACUUGAGAGGAAUUGGCUAAACAGUUGUGUAUCUAAGAGUUUACCAUUAUUGCCGUUCAAUGUGUAUAAAGUAAGUGUAACGUUUCGAAGUUUGAACUUUGUGGGUUUGUAAUAGGUUAUGCCAUAAAACUUGAAUAUUUGCUGCAUAUGCAAAAUGCACCAUCAUGCAACAUUUACGUUGAUAUUUUUCAUUUAUGAUUUGAGUGGAUUAACAUAACAUAGUUUUUGGGAGUGUAGUGUGUUAUUAUUAAAAGUGAAUUUGAAAUCCAUCGUACUAACUCUGGUUUUUAACUAAUAACAGCAAAAGCUCAGUUUUUAUGGCAUUUCUGUUUUCAGUAAAAAUCCUAUUGGCCUAAUUACAUAUUUAGUUGUAUCUUAGGAAAGUGCCAAUUGUGAAUACUCGUAAUGAAUUUUUUUGGAAGGUGGCUACUUAAUUGCUUAGUUUUGAUGAAGUUAGCUUAAAGGUUUCUGUAAUUUAAAACAGCAAGUUUUGCCGACAUACUUAUAGUUAUAUUUAAAAUAGGACUGGCAUUUAUUUGAGGCAAUGCAAGAUGAAAAAGCCAGAAAAUAUUUUCGAAGCAUAUUGCAAAUUAUCACAAGGAAGGUGCAAAUUGUGGCCUUGAGUAGCAGUAGUGGUAGAAAGUAGAGAGAGAAAGAUCUGAAUAAAGUAUUAAUCUAUCUAGCACUACAUUCACUUUAACGGUGAAUGAACUUUCUUGUCUUGCCUCUGAUUUGGUAGCCAAUAAAUAGGGUCUUUAUAAAUAGGCGGGUUGAGGCAGUCUAAUUUGAACAUUCUCUUAAUGAAUUUUAUUAUAUAGGGAAUACCAAAAACCAACACUUGAGAUUAAGGCAAAUAAGUAAUAUUUCAAGUUCACACAGUAUUGUAAAAGGUAGUGAUGGGAAGAAUCUAAAACCAGUUCCGGUAGUAAUAUGACAUGCUGUUGAAUUUUCGCUAUAAGUCUGUCGAUUUAUUUCAUAAGAAAACCGUAUGUUGUUAAGAAACACCACGGGUGUUUCUUUCAAGCAAAUCGGUGGAGUUAUGAAAUAAAAGGCUUUUGGAUUGAAAAUGAAAGAAAGUUACUCUAUUUCCACUUUUUAAUUAUAUAAAUAACAAUUGUUUUGCUACACAGUUGCUUUUUUAGAUUGACCUUUGCUUCUUCAGCAAAAUGAAAAUAUACAAAAUAUGAAAUUAAAUAAUCAACAUAAAACCUAAACAAGUAAUUAUUUACUAUUAAAGUACUUAUACCAUAUGCUUCUCUUGCAUUUUGUAACAGAGUAAUUAUAAGAAAUUUCUUUCUCUUUCAUGGCUGAGUUCGGUUAAAUCUUCUGAGAAGUUUCUCAGAGCUCUAGGAGAGAGGGGAUAUAAAACAUUGAAUAUCUGACAAAUCUUGAGGUUUAUUUUAGAAUUUAAUAUCUAAGUUUUGAAGUCUUCUUACAAUUCGUUCUAUGUUAUACAGCAGGUGAAUGGAAUUAAUAUGUCUUAUUCAAGUUAUAAUUCUUAGUGUUGUUUCUAAAUUUUUAUAGCUAAUUUCCUACAAUCAGCAAAAAUGAGAUGGGAUAGGCAUAUUCCAGUAUAGGUCUUGAUAUUGUUCAUUGUUGUAUUUUUGAUUGAAAACCCUUUAUUCCGAGGUAUUUUCCGUUCUCUACACAUUUUCAUGAAUAAUCAUAAUCUGCUUUUUUUUUAUUAUAUGCAAUUAUCUCUGUGGCUUGUUUAUGUUUAUUUGAAUCUAAAUAAACAUCUAUCUAUCAGUCUUUUCAUAAUCAUAAUAAUGCAGAAAAACUGGUUCUUAGUAUUAGAUAUGCAAACUUUAAUUGAAUAGCCAAACAAGGGUAACAGAAUCUCAUAAAAUUUGUCCAGGCAAGGUCAAAAACUCCAUAUAUAUUGCUGGUUUACGGUUGCCUCAAGUGUAACUCGUUAAUGGUAAUCCCUAUAUAAUGUGAAGCUGUGAAAAUAAGUAGUUUUUGUUUAACUCUGAUAUUACUGAAAUACGUUUUUUGUAUCAAUUUGAUAUUUCAACUCAGGAUUUCGAAGAUGUUAUCCUGAACCAUUGGCACGGCAGAUUUUCUGUUAUAAGUCAAUCUGAAAUUCUAACAAAAUAUGAACUUUGUGCUUCCAUAAAAUUGAUUUUAAUAAGAAAUAGGAUUCACAGAUUUUAAAAUUUGCUGUUUACGAACAGGAAAUCAUACAGUAUUACAAUUUCUUUUUAUGAAUGACGUUUCAAUUUUAUUGGAGAAUUUUAACUAACUUGAGAUUCAUCAAUUGAAUUAAUAAGAAAUGAUUUAUUCGGUUAAAUACUCAAUUUGAAACAUAUUUAUUUUUUGAUGGUGGGACUUCUACUGCUUUUAUUAAUUAUAUUUAAUUAUUUUAUAUUUUUGUAUUUAUAUAGUUUCUUAGUUUUAUAGAGUUUAUUUAUUUGUUAUUCUUAUGAUAUAUAUUCGGAAUAUUGAUUGUAGAAAAUGGGUAUAUUUUGAAACCAUCGUCUGUAGAGUAUGUACAGUUGAAAAUUUUUCAUACAAUUCUCUCCUAGAUAUUAUUAAAUGCUUAUAUGUUAUACUUUGAAAGAAAUAAAAGAAAUCAUAACAUUCCA